AUGCUUCACUAUACUCACCCCGCAUCUGAUUGGAACCAUGCUUUACCAAUUGGGAAUGGUCGACUGGGAGCAAUGGUAUACGGCGGUAUUUACAAUGAGAUACUACGCCUGAACGAAGAAAGCGUCUGGUACGGCGGCCCUCAGACCCGGACGCCUGCGAACGCCAAACACCAUCUCCAAGAGCUUAGAAAGUUAAUCCGCGAGGGGAAACAUCAAGCAACCGAAGCACUUGUUAGGAAACGGUUCCUUGCUACACCGAAGAGUUCGAGGCACUACGAACCACUAGGAACUUGCAAGAUUGACUUUGACUACGACUCCAUCGAGGGCUCAAUUGCCAAUGGCCUGAGGGACAAGCAAACAGCCAGUCAGGACUUCGAAAGAACUCUCGAUCUCGAAAAUGCAGAAGCAACCGUUCGUUACAAAGUCAAUGGAGUUCUAGUCAAACGGGAGUGCAUUGCAACAUUUCCGGACAAAGCUCUUGUAAUCCGUAUCCGUGCGGAAAAGCCCAUCUCAUUCAUAGUCAGCUUGACUCGCAUGAGUGAUGUUGAUUGGGAGGUCAAUGAGUUCCUUGACUCGGUAAAUCCGGCUGAUGGUCGCAUCGUCAUGCACGCAACACCUGGUGGAAGAGGAAGUAAUUCCCUCUGUGUUGCCGCUGGAGCACGUAUUGAGUCAGGAGAUGGCAGUGUCAAGAUUGUUGGACAAAGUCUAGAGAUCGUAUCUACAGAUGCACUCGUUGUACUCGCCGCACGCACACAGUAUCGGCAUCCAGAUGUCGAGAAAGCCGCCCUAGCAGACAUCGAUGCGGCAUUUGGAUUCACGGCUCAGGAGCUAUGGCACCGACACUCAUCCGAUUGGAAGUCAAAAUACGAUCGUAUGAGCGUCCAGCUCUAUCCAGAUGCAGUAUCACUUCCUACCGAAGAUCGACUCAAGGGAGUUCCCGACCCUGGACUUCUAUCACUCUAUCACUCGUACUCCCGCUAUCUGCUGCUAUCUUCCAGUCGUUCCUAUCCCGGAGCACUUCCCGCUACGCUGCAGGGUAUCUGGAACCCCAGCUUUCAGCCAGCGUGGGGCUCCAAGUACACCAUCAACAUCAACCUGCAGAUGAACUAUUGGAUCGCGAACGUGUCCAACCUUUCAGACUGUGAGCUCCCGGUGUUCGAACUGCUGGAACGCAUGGCCGUGAAUGGUCGUCGAACAGCUGAAGAGGUAUGGAAUUGCCGUGGUUGGUGUGCCCAUCACUGUACAGAUAUCUUUGCAGACACAGAGCCGCAAGAUGCCUGGAUGCCUGCAACAUUAUGGCCCCUUGGCGGUGCUUGGAUGUGCACUCACAUUUGGGAGCACUACGAAUUCACCCAUGAUGAGGAUGUUGUGAAGAGAAUGAUGCCAGUGUUAGAAGGUUGCGUUCGAUUCCUACUCGAUUUUCUGGUCCCAGAUUCGACUGGUGAGUAUCUUGUGACUAACCCAUCAUUGUCUCCUGAGAAUACAUUCCGGCAUCCAACUAGCGGUGAGAAUGGAGUCUUCUGCGAGGGCUCUGUGAUCGAUAUCGAAAUCGUACGCACCGUAUUCCAACAUUAUCUGCUCGCCUCCAACGCAAUCCCAGGAAUGGUAUUCGAUGCGGAGAUAGCUUCUCAAGUCAGAACGGCAUUGCUCAAACUCCCUCCCAUGAUCAUUAGUCCAACCACCGGCACGAUACAAGAGUGGGGACUCCACGACUAUGCAGAAACCGAGCCCGGCCACCGGCACGUAUCCCAACUAUACGGCUUACACCCAGGCUCGUCCAUCACCCCGAGCUCGACGCCCAAGCUCGCAGACGCAGCCAUCAAAACACUUACCCGGCGCCUCCAGCACGGCGGCGGCCACACAGGCUGGUCUCGCGCCUGGCUCGUCAACAUGUGGGCACGACUACGCCAGCCCGAACAGUGCGAGCGCAACCUGCACGCGCUGCUGAGAGACAGCACACUGCCGAACAUGCUGGACACGCACCCGCCGUUCCAGAUUGACGGGAACUUUGGCGGUGGAGCAGGAAUCAUGGAGUGUUUGGUUCAGUCUCACGAGACAUUUACUAACACGAGUGGCGCCGUCCAGCGUAUCAUUCGGCUGCUCCCAGCGUGUCCUGCGUCAUGGGCAAAGGGCAUCAUUCGAGGAGCUCAAUGUAGAGGUGGCUUUGAGUUGGAUUUCUCGUGGGACUCAGGCAAUAUCACUGAGCCCAUCAUCCUCAACUCCAAAUUCGGUACCGACGCGGUACUCAUAGUCCGCGCCGUUGGGGCAGACGCACAACAUGCGGGCAUCCAUGUCAAGAUCCCGGCUCGAGUCAGCGUGCAUGUUCUCAGUUUAAGCGCGGCGGAGAAUGUGAAAAGUCCCCUAGCACUAUAGAAUAGUUCGUUCAUACCAGGAUGUAGUAUAAAAUUAUUCAAAACACAGA